AUGCCAUCCGCCGGUGACCGUACACCCUCAGCGCUAUCUUCAACUCUAUCAGGCCGGCGUAUCAUCUCCCGAAUCGCCUCGCCUUUCUCCUCCAAAUCGCGAAGCAUCGGCGCCUUCUCCAUCGAUGUCACUGAUCCCCACCGACAAUACUCGCCUGGCGAUGUAGUCGUCGGAAGUGUACGACUACGCAUCUUGAAGCCCUGUCGCGUUACGCAUAUCGUCGUCUCGCUGCAUGGCUAUGUACAGGUGUUCAAGAAUCCGGGAUCACCUGGAGAGGGGUUUCGAGCAAACAACUCGUACAUUGGCACGGGCAGAGGAAAGAAAUCUGGCGAAUACUUUGGUAAUGGCUUUGCAUCGCUGUUCGAGGACGAAGUCGUCCUUUGCGGAGACGGCAGGCUCGCAGAGGGAUCAUAUCAGUUCAACUUUGAGCUACAAUUUCCGGACAAAGAUCUGCCGAGUAGCAUCGAUUUCGAGCGCGGAACCAUUUCCUACAUGAUAUCGGCGACCAUGACGAGACCAACGACCAUGUCACCAACCAUGGUCUGCGACCAAAAGGUAUAUUUCGUCGAAAAGAUAGAUAUUUCACCUAUCUACCCACCGAAACCACGGACCAUCAUGCUGGAGUCUGUGUCAAAAAGGUCACGUGCGAGACACCAGGCUCGCAAAUUAGUCGACAGCUCGGAGCGCCGGAGUCGCAGGGCCGAAUCGAGUUUGCAUAGCGAUGCGGAUCGCAGCAGUAUAGCAACGAGUCUACGAACCAAUCCGGAGAACCCUAUCAGCCCGACUCGUAGUGAGAUCAGCUUCGAUAGUGCAGGAAGCAGCAACGGCCAGAGUUCACAGUUCGACGCCAACCGACCGUCUCUAGUCGGAAGUGAUGACAGCAAAGCCACUGCUCCUGGCUCACAUAUGGGAACCAAGACCAUCACUGCGACUGUUGAACCACUCACUGGAGGAUGUCUUAGAGGUGAUAACAUUACCAUUCAGGUCAAUGUCAAUCAUACAAAGCCCAUCAAAAGCAUAUAUGGGGUCAUCGCAACACUAUACCGCCAAGCUCGAGUCGACAUGCAUCCUGCCAUACCUCUUGGGCCGACGGAGAAAGGCACAGAGAGCAAGUACGAGGACUAUUACCCGAAGUCCAUCACUGGCUUAGGAGGCCUUUCGUUGUCCGGAGCUGGUUCAAACCAUUUGUUUCGCAAGGAUCUGACGCAAACCAUGGUACCACUUUACAUUGAUCCAGGCACUCUUACAGCAGAAGUCAGCCCCAAGGUCCGUGUCCCAGACGAAGCUUUCCCGACGAUCUCAUGCGUACCUGGCGCGAUGAUCAGUUUUAAGUACUUUGUGGAAGUACUUGUCGACAUUCAAGGUCGCCUCGGCAGUCAGGAUCGAACAAUUGCUGGCCUGGGCCUGAGUAACGGUCGUUCGACCAUGAAUGUGCCAGAGGGAGGAGAACAGCCUUCUACAUCGUUCGGCUCUGCACUUGUGGACACUGCACCGAUUCGACGAGAUAAAGGAGUGCUCACCUGCACUUUCGAGAUCGUCGUGGGUACGCGCGACAGUGCUCGGAGAAAGGGCAAGCAAAGAGCAGAGGCUGCGCCCGAGCCUGAGGCCGAACCGCAGCAAGGGGCGCCCCAGCAAGACCAGAGAGUGGCGAACGGAAGCGCCACACCAGCUGCGACUGCAGCGCAUCCGACGCACUCGAACGGGCAGCACUAUGACUAUUGGCACGAUCAUACCGUACCAUACGACCAGCACUAUUGGCCGGAAGAAUAUCACGAUGGGUACCACCAGCCCAUCUAUGACCACACGUACGAUGGACAAUACCACUAUGCGGGACAUGAGCCUCCGCCGCCUGCAAUACCCAUCCCCAUCAUGCCAGACGAAUCGCAAAUGUCUGAGAAAGAACGCAUACGCCAAGCGGAAGCACGUUUACUACCCAGCGCGCCACCAGGUGUGUCAACCAGCUCGGAGGACAACAUCUAUGACGAGGCAACCGCACCAGAUCUAUCAGACGACGUAGCCGGUCCUGUUCCGCGCGAACAAGACGUCUCAGCAAUGCCACGGUCGGCGUCGAUCGCUCCAGCGUACGAAGGACCUAACGACAGGCCAGCCAUAUCACCUUCUGCAAUAGGCAACGAAUCCCACAGCAGUGAGCUCGAGCAUGAAGCUUCCGCACCAAGUCUCGAAGACAUGACAGGCGCUAGCAACGGCGACGUAACUCACACAACACAGAAUCACGACUCUAAUGCACCUUCUACCAUUGACAGCCACGCAGACGCCGCAGGCUCUUCGGACUUGCCACGAUACGAGCGAUAG